UAUUAAUUCUUUUUACAGGUCACAAUAUGCCUUUUGUGGAUUUUAGUAGAUUUUUCCCUACAAGAAGAAACUUUUGAAAAUUCUAUUAAUUUGUGUAAAGAUAGAUGCACAUGUCAGUAUUCAUCAAAUGAAAAAUCGGCCGUCAUAGACUGUUCAAAAGCCCGAAUGCAUCACACAAUUGCAAAUUGGCCCGAUCGCGCGUCAAAAACCUCGAAUAUAUUUGCCAAUUUCAAAAACAAUAACAUUACAACGCUCGAAGAGAUGCCAGGAACGGAUGCAAAUUUGCAACUCAUCUUUAGCAACUGCAACAUAAAAUAUCUUAAUACGGGCCUGUUUGAAAGCGCAGUAAACGUGAAAUACGUCGACUUAAGUCACAAUUUACUAGAAAACGAUCAACUUGGUGGGGACGUUUUCAAGGGACCGUAUAAUGUCACAGAUUUUCGUCCCAUAGCUCUGGAGUAUUUAAACUUGGCAUACAAUAAUUUACACAGUUUACAAAAGAAUAUGUUCCAACACAUCCCUUAUUUGAAAGUCCUGAAUUUAGAGGGGAACCACUUCAGGGUUCUGGAUCACGUUACAGCAUUUUCAUUCUCCUAUCUGCCCAAUUUACAAAGUUUAAGUUUAGCUCAUAAUCAACUGACGGAAAUACCGAUUGAUGUUUUGAAAAAUUUAAAAGGAAAUUUAACGGACCUAAACUUGGCUUUAAACGAUCUCGACUUUGUUCCCAGCUCUCUUGCAUACGUUUACAAAACUUUGCAAAUACUGAAUAUAAGUGGAAACCCAAUUAUUGAAUUUAAUAACAAAAGCUUCGAAGGACUCGUAAACCUUCUAAAACUUUACGCCAACAAUUUAACAGAACUGACCUCAGUAACAGCCUACGCUUUCGCGCACCUAAAAAAGCUACAAGUCCUCAGCCUCUCAGAAAAUCCUAAGUUGUUCGAAAUAGAUGAAGAUGCCUUCAUAGGCACUACAAAUUUACAAGAGUUAUACAUGGAGAGUAACUCCUUGCUGCACGUCUCCUACAAGUUGCUGCCCUCUUGGUCGAGUCUGAGGGUGUUGAAUUUGAAAGGGAACCGAUUCUAUUGCGACUGUGAUCUGUACAACAUAUCGCAACAGCUCAAUGAAGACAUCAAACGAAAUGGCGACGGGCCGUACUGCCUGGACGCGAAGGCGUUCACAUCAAGAGAAGUGUACACACUCAAGGACAACGCCUGCGGAAUGUGGCCCCUUGAAGAUUCUACAAGUAAAUCAGUUUUCCAUAAGUCGAUGACGCUUAUGAGAAUCGUACUGAUGUUAAUGAUGGCGUUAUUAAUCAUUUCUACAGCUAUGGCCGUAUGGCUGGCGGUAAUGAAAUGGAAAACAUACAAUAGAAGCCUCAAUUAUCCAUUUCCAAAUCAAGUAGUUUAUAAUCCAGUUUCAACUUAUGACGCGAGAUAUUAGGAGAGCACAGAUUUUUUUUAUUUCAGUACCUACGCAGAGAAAAUUAUUUAUUUCGUAGUAAAAGACACUCAAUCAAACCGUAUACAUACAGAUCUUUAUAUUAUUUUACUUAGUGAGUAAUACUUAAUUAGUUACUGAUGACUGGAGAAAUUUUAUUUUUAUGCAUUUUAAGUAAGCUGGGAAAACUUUUUUUUUUGUUACCUACCUGGCAAGAAGAACCAGAAAUUUGUUCGGCAUAAGCAAGGAACUGGUGUAAGAUAUCUUCGGACUUCUGUGCAGUUUCUUUAAAAGUAUAGAACAUGUCCAAUUGUUCGGCACAACGUAAACAAAUUACAUGAGGCAGUGGGUCACUAUCAGAUAUCUAUAAAAAAAAAAAAGUGGAAUAAACAUUACUUUUAAAACCUACCCCAAUAAUAUUUACUAAUCUACUUCUUUACUGCUUUAACAUAAUGUACAGGUGUGUAAUAAAUAACAUUAAGUAGAUAGGUACCUAUCUAAAAAAAAAAGGCAAAAAGGUCCCAACGAUAUAAAACUGAUAAAUAUUACAAAGCAAAUAAUAAUGAGAAACUUGAUACUACCCACUGCGUUUCUAUUUUUAGAAGUGUACCUACAUUGAUACAUAAUAUGUAAAUUACCAAAUAAAUAAUUUGCCAAUAUCA